CUGUUUUCUGUUUACAAGUCUGAAGAUGGCUGCUGCCUCUUCCUGCAGUGUGGAAGAAGAUGAGAGCCUGAAGGGAUGUGAACUCUACGUUCAGAAGCACAACAUCCAACAGAUUUUAAAAGAGUGUAUUGUAAACCUUUGCAUAGCAAAGCCAGACCGACCCAUGAAGUUCCUCAGAGAACACUUUGAAAAAUUAGAAAAGGAAGAAUGCAAACAAAUACUGGCCCGGCAGAAAUCCAGUUCCCAGUCUGAUUCUCAUGACGAUGAGAUUUCCCCUCCUCCUCCCAACCCAGUGGUAAAAGCAAGACGCAGGAGAGGGGGGGUCAGUGCAGAAGUGUACACAGAGGAAGAUGCUGUUUCUUACGUCAGAAAGGUUAUUCCAAAGGACUAUAAAACUAUGACUGCUCUGGCAAAAGCCAUCUCCAAGAAUGUGCUCUUUGCUCAUCUUGAUGACAACGAACGAAGUGACAUAUUCGAUGCCAUGUUCCCCGUCACACAUAUUGCAGGAGAAACAGUCAUACAACAGGGUGAUGAAGGAGACAACUUCUAUGUGAUUGACCAAGGCGAGGUGGAUGUUUAUGUCAACGGGGAGUGGGUCACCAGCAUCGGAGAAGGAGGCAGCUUCGGGGAGCUGGCGUUGAUCUAUGGAACACCCCGGGCUGCCACGGUCAAGGCCAAGACAGAUCUCAAGCUCUGGGGCAUCGACAGAGACAGCUACAGACGCAUUUUAAUGGGCAGCACGCUGAGGAAGCGGAAGAUGUAUGAAGAAUUCCUGAGCAAGGUCUCCAUUUUGGAGUCCUUGGACAAAUGGGAGCGGCUGACAGUGGCUGAUGCACUGGAACCUGUCCAGUUUGAAGAUGGAGAAAAAAUUGUUGUGCAGGGAGAGCCUGGUGAUGAUUUCUUCAUUAUUACAGAGGGCACAGCUUCUGUUCUGCAGCGCCGCUCUGACAACGAGGAGUACGUCGAAGUUGGAAGACUUGGUCCGUCAGAUUAUUUUGGUGAGAUAGCGUUACUGCUCAAUCGGCCCCGAGCUGCUACGGUGGUGGCACGCGGACCCCUGAAGUGCGUAAAGCUGGAUCGGCCCCGCUUCGAACGAGUGCUUGGUCCUUGUUCUGAAAUCCUCAAGAGAAACAUUCAGAGAUACAACAGUUUCAUUUCGCUCACUGUCUAAAUGUUUCUUUCUGGAAAGCUGCCUUUGUGUGACCUUGUGCACUUAAAUUUGCUCUGUGCAGCUCCAUAGCUUUAUGAAGAAAAAAAAAAAAAAGAUGUGCGUUUUAUGUCACGUACUGGAUGUCAGCUCAAAUCUCAUGUAUCAUGUAAGUAGGAAGACAACUGUUUGGAUAAGACUAGCUUU